CCCGACUAGUUGACUGGAUUGAAAACAUGGCUGCGGCCGAACGUGCAGCAAAUUUACGGAAGUGAGGUGCCCACAUUCUGCUGCAGAAGAGAGAGCACCAGGAUGAGGAGACUGUAGGCACCCGCCGUAGUAUGGCCGCGUCCCGUUCCUCGCGUGUCACAAGGUCGUCAGUGGGGCUCAAUGGAUUGGAUGAGAACUUUUGUGGUCGAACCCUCAGGAACCGCAGCAUCGCCCAGCCGGAGGAGACCUCGGUUUCUCCGCUGCCAAGGGCCCGCUCGCCCAAGAAGAAGCAGGAGUCCAAGCAGGAGUCCAAGCAGGAGUCCAAGCAGGAGUCCAAGCAGGAGUCCAAGCAGGAGUCCAAGCAGGAGUCCAAGCAGGAGUCCAAGCAGGAGUCCAAGCAGGACGGCAAGCAAGAGUCCAAACAGGACACCAAACAAGAUGUUAAGCAGGACGCUAAACAGGACUCAAAGCAGGACACCAAGCACGAUACCAAGCAGGACCCUCAGCAGGAUGGCCAGCAGCAGGCCUCGUUGCAGGAAAAGGUGACUGACUCGAACGCUGCUCCGGCUGAGGUGGAGCAAUGGACCAGUUCCAGGAAGCGGAGUGUGUCCUGUUUAGAGAAAGACAUUAGUCCUGAGAAGUCGGAGAACUGUGAUAGAGGGAAGGGCUCGCGGGAUGCCUGUUCUCAAAUCAAAAGGGCCAAGCGGUGUUCCCGCUCUGCAGAGUCUCAGGGACACGACGAGGACCCUGAGCCUCUGAAACCCGACAGUCCAGUGUCUGUCCCGGAGCCUGGCAAGGACAACAGUUGUGAGGAUUUCCCCAGCCAAACCUCUUCUCCUGCUUCACCUGUCCUCAGUAAAGAGGGAGAUGAGCCGACGGGGGGGAAGGUGGAGGAUGGUCUCGAGGAGUGUGAUGGGGCAACUCGGCCCCCAAAUGCUCACAAGGCCUCGAAUGGACUUAAGGAGAAUAAAGCAGAGGAACCCAGCACGCUCACUGGAGAGCCUGGUGCGAACCCACCCUCUGCCCCCAACACCCCGUUGCUGCUUAACGGCAGUCAGACGACGGCUCCCUCACCCCCUCACCCCGCUGUGCCUUGUCGAAACUCUGUCCCUCUGCAGAUAGAGGUCUCCGGCUCAGGGGAGUCGCCAGCCUCACCUGCGCCGACUUUUGUCCCCGAGGACCCUGUCCCCGAGUUGAUAGUGGCUAAGGAGCAGGAGGUGGAGGAGGUGGAGGUGGACGUGGUAGGCGAACCGUUGUGUGUCUCCCACGAGGAGCAGGUGAUCGAGACUGAGCACGACACCAACGGCCGGCCGCUGACACCACUGCAGGAAGCCCCCGCCUCCACCUCUUCCACUAACACCCACAUGAACAGUAGUCCAAUCAACAACAACAACAGCAACUCAGGAGAAACUACACCCCCUCUAGCAACAACCCCCUCCCCCACAGAGCCCGGGUACACCCCCUCAGUAUCCAGCACGCCCCCCUCCUUCACAGAGCUCUAUGAACACAGAUACACCCUGCGGACUUCACCCAGGAGGGCCGCCACCGGUGGCAAAGCCUCCUCCUCCAAGCUCAGCUCUCCUCCACGAGACAAUGGUCCCAUGAGGGAAGAGGGGGAGGUGGUUGUGGAGCUGCAGGAGGAGGACUGUCCUAUGGUGGAGGAACCUGCUCCUUCAGACGUUGUGGUCCCCUCCUGUGAAGGGCCGGUCUCCACGGCUGAGGACAGUGUGGCCGUAGUGGGCAAAGAGGAGGACCAAAGCAGGGAGGUGACGAGGAGCCAGCCUGCAGAGGAGGAGGAUGAAGAGGAGGAGCCAGACGUGUAUUACUUUGAAUCGGACCACCUGGCUCUUAAACACAACAAAGAUUACCAGAGGCUGCUGCAGACCAUCGGGGUCCUCGAGGCCCAACGAACGCAGGCCAUCCUGGACCUGGAGACGUUGGCGCGGCAACAGAGGGAGGCGCUGGCCGAUCCCAUCAGCUUUGUGGAGCAGCUGCAGAAACGGGUUAAUUUGGGCUUGCCGCGUCCUCAGCGAGUCGUGCAGCUCCCUGACAUCGGAUGGGAGCAGUACACCUCAGGCCUCAGCGACUUUGAGAGAGAGUUCUGCGACAAGAAACGCAAAACCAGGCGGCUAAAGCUGGUCUUUGACCAAGGUUUGCCUGACCGACCAAAAAGUCCAGUAGAGCCCAAGAAGGAAGGCGAGUCGUCCACCAUGUACUCCUCUCUGCCCACUAGUGACGCUCUGGAGAACAGCAGGCAAGCGCAGUUGAUCAGGGGGAGGAUCUCUCAGCCGAACAAGUCUGACACGUUCAACCAGCUGUGGACGGUGGAGGAGCAGAAAAAAUUGGAGCAGCUCCUCGUUAAGUUCCCUCCCGAAGAAGUGGAGUCGAGACGGUGGCAGAAGAUCGCUGACGAGCUCGGCAAUCGAACAGCCAAACAGGUGGCGAGUAGGGUUCAAAAGUACUUCAUCAAACUGACAAAAGCUGGGAUCCCCGUGCCUGGGAGGACACCCAACCUGUGCAUGUACACUAAGAAGGCGUCCAGCAAGAGGCAGCACCACCUCAACAAGCACCUGUACCGGCCCUCCACCUUCCUCACCUCCUACGAGCCUCCGGUCUACAUGGAUGAAGAAGACGAGCGCGCAGCGUAUUACAGCAGCGUGCAGGACGCCUCGGCUGAUGACUCGGAUGAAGAGGCUAUACCUGUGGAGUUGAGAAACUUGCCGGAGUACAAAGAGCUUUUGGAGCUGAAGCGACUGAAAAAACAGACGCUGCAGGAGAUCCACGAGGACAAGGCCGGGAUGCUGCACGUAGGAUUCAAGUGUGACGUCUGCGGCAUGGAUCCCAUCCAGGGAGUUAGGUGGCACUGUCAAGACUGUCCGCAGGACAACUCGGUCGACUUCUGCUCCAACUGCUCCGACUGUUUGUUCAAGACGGAGACCCACAAGCCGAACCACCAACUGGAGCCGGUGCAGCAUCCGGACACGUUUCUGGACCGGGACUACUGCCUGCCGCAGAGCACGGGCUACAAUUACCUGGACCCAAACUACUUUCCAGCCAACAGAUGACAGGGCCGGCGGCGCCUCUCGCUCCAGAGUCUCUCCACGUAUCCCACAGGCCUCUCUGUGCACGGCUCCAUCCUACAAGUGAAGAACACCGCUUAACCCGCGGCCAGCAGGCAGGCGGGGGGGCCUCAAAGUAGACCCCAGUGCUGCUGCUGGUGAGAGGGGGGGGGACUGUUGGCAAACUGGCCUCCCUGACUCCAGCAAAGGGCGGCCAUGUUGGAUCCUGCUCCUCCUCAGCCAGGUUCAUCAGUGGAUCUGUGAUUAGAAACACUAUUUUUAAAAACACAAAAACAAGAAGGCACACCGACAUUCCCGAGCUCUGUGACUCCAGGAGGGCUUCCCCCCCCUCACCCCUCACCCCCCUCCAGUAUACCUCCCUGUGCUGCUCCCAAACUGGAGACCAGUCUGAUGGAGACGUGUGGUCUCAGCGGACUGUGAAGAUACACCACGGUUAUUUGUACGUGUGUGUGUGUGUGUGUGGUCGCCUUGUUAUGCAAGAGUGAAAAAUGUCCUAGCUAGGUUUCCGUAGAUUGAGUAUUUAUGAGUCGCAGCGGGAGGAGUCGCUGCGAGAGGAGUGACGCAGAGGCGGGUUUGUUUAUGGCCGCAGACUGUAUAAAGUUCUGCCGAUACACACCACGCUCUGCUCACACACACACACACACACACACACACACACACACACACACACACACACACAUACAUAUACACACACACACACACACACACACACACACACACAUACACACACACACACCUACCUGUAUGUGUUAAACAGACUGGAGCCAUCCCUACCACUGUCACACAAUGCUGCUCUCACUCUUCACACACACACACACACACACACACACAUUUUCAUCUGGAUUUCUUUUCUGCUCUCUCUCCACUAAAACACGUCAAACGGGAAGCACUACAGCACGGAGAGCAAAUGUUUCUGAAGGCAGGCGACCGGAACCUUUCUGUUUUUAUUUUUAUUUCUCCCCCCCACCCCAAUGUGUGCCGUUGUUGAUCAUGUUGAGUGUAAAAGUAAAUGGUGAAAAGUAGCCAGCGAUAGUUGCUGUGUGCCAUUUUUUAAAAACAAUAUCUUUUUGUUUUUGGGGAGGAAUUCCACCUCUGACCCACAGCUCCUCCCUUCCUGCGUGGCACCACCAACCCACAUCGUCCUCCAUUAUCGAUCCAGUCUUCAUGCCUCUAGAUCUUCUUUAAUUUCUGCAGUCCACUUUAAAAAGGUCCAUUUAAAAGAUUGUAUUUUUAUUAAUCUAUUUAAAAAAAAAAGCAUUGAGGUAGUGGUUGGAGCCUCCACAGUGGAACAGCCCACACAGUUUUAUACACAUAGAUUUUGUUGUGCUUGAGUAGACACCAUUUUGUAUGGUUUUCGUCUCCUUUCCCUCACCCCUGCCCCCCCCCCCCCUCUCUGCCCCGCUUCAAUAUCUGUGUAUAACAGUCUGUUCUUAUGUAUAAAAAAUAAUAAUGUAAAAAAAAAUGCUAGAGGAGAACCGUGGAAAUAAAAGUAUGUGAAAAUA